AUGCAGGGGAACCGGCAGCCGAGGGUCCGCUCCGGGAACCAGCCUCAUCCCGCGCCCGCCAUGAAGCCGGCGGGCAGCGGGGCCUGGGCCCACAGCCGCGCCGCGCUUGACCGGCUGGAGAAGCUGCUGCGCUGCUCACGCUGCACUAAUAUUCUGAGGGAGCCUGUGUGCUUAGGUGGAUGUGAGCACAUCUUCUGUAGUAAUUGUGUAAGUGACUGCAUUGGAAGUGGAUGUCCAGUGUGUUACACCCCAGCCUGGAUACAGGAUGUGAAGAUAAACAGACAGCUGGACAGCAUGAUCCAGCUCUGUAAUAAACUUCGGAAUUUGCUGCAUGGCACUGGUUUUUCAGAUUUGAAAGAAGAAACAUCUAGGAAAAGUUUUUUUAAUGAUGCACAAAAUAAGAAGAAUUCAAUAAAAAUGUGGUUUAGUCCUCGAAGUAAGAAAGUCAGAUAUACUGUGAAUAAACUUUCAGUGCAAACCCAGCCUUCUGUGAAAAAUGAUGAAAAUGCUCAGCAGACCUCCAUGUACGAAUUUGUCUCUACGAGCCCUCCGGUGGAGGUUUCUGAGAGGCCUAAGAAGCCUUCCACAAAGUCUAGAAAAAAACAGAAAAAGAAAACUUUAGCUGAAGUCAACCAAAAAUGGAAUUUAGAGGCAGAAAAGAAAGAUGGUGACCUUGACUCCAAAAAAGAAAGUAAGGAAAAGCUGGUGUCCUUCUGUAGCCAACCAUCUGUGAUUGCUAACCUGCCGAUAAAUGGUGAAAUAGACUUACUAGCAAGUGGGUCCGUAACAGAAUCUGAGUGUUUCGGGGACUUGGCUGAAGUCUUUUUACCAUUGGCUGAUCAUAUAGAGUCUCCAGAAAUUGAGAGCAAGAAUGAAGCGGUGACUCCUGAGAAGACAGUCUCUGCAAACCGUCUCCCGUCCGAGACGUCCUUGCCGUCAGGUCCUAAUGGGACGCGUGGGCGCCACAGCAGAGUCUCCAGUCCUGUCUCUAAGAGGCGCAGAAGCAGCAGUCGGAGCACUGGUGGGAGCUCUGCUCAGCAAACAGUGCUGCCAGAAAACAUGCCAUCGCCUGGCCGCUCUUCACCACCUCCAGACAAACUUAAAGUUGGUGCCACGUUAAGGAGGAAAAGCGUCACUAUACGGGAUGAAUCCAUUAGCCUCUCACCGAGUACGCUGCCGUCUUCACUGAACAGUCCCAGUUACAGACGGCUGAUGGGUAGUCCCUCAACAACGAAGCCGUGGCCCACCAGCCUUACCGCUGUGAAGAGAAACCGUCGAGGAGAGACUCUGCUCCAUGUUGCUUCAAUCAAGGGCGACAUCCCUUCUGUUGAAUACCUCUUACAAUGUGGAAGCGAUCCAAAUGUUAAAGACCAUGCUGGAUGGACGCCAUUGCAUGAAGCCUGCAAUCACGGGCACCUGAAGGUGGUGGAAUUGCUGCUCCAGCACAAGGCAUUGGUGAAUACCACUGGGUAUCAGAACGACUCACCUCUUCAUGAUGCAGUGAAGAAUGGGCAUGUGGACAUUGUCAAGCUGCUACUCGCCUAUGGAGCCUCCAGGGAGGCAAUCAACAUAUUUGGUCUGCGGCCUGUGGAUUAUGCAGACAGUAAAAAUAUGAAAUCGCUGUUGCUGCUACCGGAGAAGAAGGAAUCAUCAUCAACCAGCCAUUGCUCAGUAGUAAACACUGGUCAGCGUCGGGAUGGGCCUCUUGCACUUAUAGGCAGCGGACUUUCUUCCGAACAGCAGAAAAUGCUCAGUGAGCUUGCAGCGAUUCUUAAGGCUAAAAAAUGUGCUGAGUUUGACAGUACAGUAACUCAUGUCAUUGUUCCUGGUGAUACAGUUCAAAACACCCUGAAAUGUAUGCUUGGAAUUCUCAGUGGAUGCUGGAUCCUAAAAUUUGAAUGGGUGAAAGCAUGUCUGCAAAGCAAAGGAUAUGAACAGGAAGAAAAGUAUGAAGUUCCCGAAGGACCACAGAAAAGCAGGCUCAACAGAGAACAGCUGUUGCCAAAGCUGUUUGAUGGAUGUUACUUCUAUUUUGGGGGAACCUUCAAACACCAUCCAAAGGACAACCUAAUUAAGCUUGUCGCUGCCGGUGGGGGCCAGAUCCUCAUUAGAAAGCCCAAGCCAGACAGUGAUGUGACUCAAACCAUCAAUACAGUCGCGUACCAUGCCAAACCUGAUUCUGAUCAGCGCUUCUGCACACAGUAUAUCAUCUAUGAGGACUUGUCUAAUCAUCGCCCAGAAAGGGUUCGGCAGGGCAAAGUCUGGAUGGCUACUUCCAGCUGGUUUAUAGAUUGUGUGAUGUCCUUUGAGUUGCUGCCUCUUGACAACUGA